AUGAUAAAUAAAAAUUAAAGCACUUCUAGUGAUCUCUCCAAUGAUAAAUUAUCUAAGGAAGCAGCUGAGUUAAAGUAGCAAGAUAAGGCCAUUUAUACAAACAACUCUAUAGAAGAGAAUUUACUUGAAGAGGAUUCUGUCAAUCACAAAGAAGAUGUAUACAGAAAAUAAAAAAGAUAUUAUUUCCUUCCUUUUGCAUGCUUUAUUCUUAUAGGUGGUUUUUUCAAUAAUACCUUUCAAGCAUUUAUUAAACAAUAAUUUAUGGAUUCAAUGGGGAUAGAUUCGUCUGGUUAUAACCUUUUUGUGCUCAUUCCUCCUCUACCUAAUAUUAUUCUCCCAGUUUUUUCUGGUCAUAUAUUUAAUUGGCUAAACUUAAGGAGAGGUUUAUUCUUAUUUUCAAGUAUGGUGCUUAUUGGUAUGACACUGUGUUUGAUCGCUUCUUAUCCUAAAUCUCUACCAUUAAUGAUUAUUGGCAAAACUAUUCAUUAAAUUGGUAAUGAAAUGCUUUGUAUAGGAUAAAGUGCACUAGUUAGUAUAUGGUUUGACAGUACAACAAUAUCUUUUGCAUUUACUUGGGGCAGCUUUGUUUCUAAGUUAUCAGGAUCAGUAGCUGGUAUAGUCUUUCCUUAAUUAUAUAAUAUCGAAGAUGAUCUUUAGAUACCUUUAUUUGUAAGCGUUGGUACAUGCGCAUUCUCUUUCUUGUGUGUUUUAGUAGUUAUUUAUUAUGAUUAUCAAGCAGAAAAGCUAUUUCAUGCAGAUAAAAAGAAAGGAGGAUUAACUUUAAAAUAGCUUAAGGAAUUUUCUGGUCUUUAUUGGAUAUAUGCAUCAUAAGCAGCUUUGUUAUAUGGAACUUUUUAUGCAUUUGAAAGUUAUCUUCAUGCAAUUUUGUAACACAAAUUCGGUAUUGAUAAAACUACAGCUGGCUCAAUGGUUUCUAUUCCUUUCUGGGUUUCUUUUUCAGCUCCAGUCUUUGGUAUUAUAGCUGAUAAAUUUGGCAAAAGAAUAUUUUGUUUAAUUGCAACUGCCUUCGUUGCAUUAAUUUCAAUUAUUGUCAUAUUAAUAAUGCCAGGUUCAACUGCAGAAUCUGUUAUUUAUAUUCCAUUAGUUGCAUUUGGUAUGUUCUUAAGUAUGAUGGCUGCCUAUUUAUUCCCAGUUUAUCCUUUGCUUUGUAAAUUAGAGGUUAUCAAAGCAGCCUUUGGUAUUGGAUAUGCUUCUAAAAAUGCUGGGCUUUCACUUUUUGGAUAUGUUGGAGGAUAAAUAUUAGGAAGUGAUGAAGAAAACUACAAUGCUUAUUUGUUCUUCUUCAUUGGUAUAUUUGUUGUUUCAAUAAUCGUUUCUGUAUACGGGUUCAUUUUAGACAAAAAAGCUGGAGGUAACAUAAACUCUAAGAGGCCACACGUCUCAAAUGUUGCAGAAGAAAUUUCUAAAAGAAUGUCAUUAGGAGGAUCAAUGAUUUAAUGA